CAGCCAGUGAGCCAGAGCGAGGUGAGCUAAGCAAGCACAUACCAAAAACGCAUACAUACAGAGCAAGAGCUCGCUAACCAGCCAACAACGGAUACAUUUUUCCGACAUUCAAUUGGAAUAAUUUGUUAUUUCGCAGACGGCAUUCGAGGAAGACGCACAUGCAAGCGAGUAAACCAAGUCGGACGGACGCAGACGAGCAGAACCGUAACAGUGAGUGAACGCGUGUGAAUGUCAGAGUUUUUAAGACAAGAAAAAGAAUGUGUAUACUAUAGCAUAGAGUAUGCAUGAAGUGAAGUGUUUGUUGGUAUGUACUACAACAUAUACAUACAUACAUUGUAUGCGAAGCUGCUAAGAAAAUAGAAGUUUUACAAGCGGGCAACAUAAAGGAAAAAAUAUACGGAGUGUUGUGUAAACAAGUAUUCAAAACAAGCAACAGCCAAAAAUAGCGUGGCGCUGUUAAAUAAUCAUAAAAAUUGAAAAAACACAAAAAAAAAUACAAUGAAAUAAAACAAACUCGCACAAGUCGGUGAAAAAUAAACAAAACGACGUCAAUACAUAAAUUCACUUGGAUAUAUGUAUGUAUGUGUUUGUAUAAGUGCAUGCGAAAUAAAUAAGUAUAAAUAAACAGAAGGAAAGUAAGAAAAAUAAAAGAAUGAAAAUGGAAAAUCCACAAACGCCGCAUGUGUUGCGGCCAACGAAUGAACGUCGUCGUUAACAAGCAGCGGAAGUCGGUGGUAGUCAGCGGUUGAAGUUAAUUUCGUUUGUUUGCCAUGAACAUUAAGCGUACGUUAACGCGCCCCUUUUAACACAGUGGCACUCAAAUAUAAAGUGUUCAUAAAGCCAAUUCAUUAUAAUUGGUUAAAAACAAAGAAUUGACCUUAAGAAGAAGAAGAAGGAGAAGAGGAGUUAGCAAGUAGAAGUGCUGCAUAUUUUAAUCGAUUUUGUAUUAAUAUAUUUCGAACAUAUAUAUAAAAAACAAUUUUUGUACGCGCAACGCGAAAGCAAAGAAAAAUUUCCAAAGUGUUGUUUUGUUAUUAUUAACCGGUUAAAAACAGGUCAGGUCGCGUUUUGUAAAAAUACAAACAAAACGCACGCAAUUUUACAACUUAUAUAGUAGCCACAACGUACGCCCCAGUUAAAAACGUGUUGUACGCGCAACAAUAACAAUAAACAACAAAAAGAAAAACGUUGAACAACAAACACGAAGCGAACACCAACACACCUUCACCACCUUCCUCUUUACCCCAACAAGCGCAACAACAUAACAAGAUGUCACUGCAAACUAAACGCCAGCACUGUUAUCUGUGCGAUCUACCACGUAUGCCAUGGGCCAUGAUCAAUGACUUCUCCGAGGCUGUUUGUCGCGGUUGUGUCAAUUAUGAGGGCGCCGAUCGCAUAGAACUCGUCUUGGAUGCGGCACGUCAAAUGAAACGGCUCCAUCAGGCGGCCAAGCGUAGUCAUGAAAAUGGUGAGGUGUCCAUACAACAGCAUCAACAACAGCAACAGCAGCAGCAGCAAGCGCAACAGCAACAGCAACAGCAGGUAGCGGUAGCCGCUGCACAAGCACAACAUCGCAGUGCUAGUGGUGCGCCCAUAAAUGUGGGUGUCGGUGUUGGUGUUGUUGGACCGCAACAGCAGCAACAACAACAUCAUCAUGGCUAUGCGACACAACGUAUUGGUCCACCACCACCGCAAGCCGCCAGUCUAAUGGAUUUCCCAGUGAAAAUGGAGGCACACGACGCGAGCGUACGUCCAGUGCGGAUCUCACAUAUGGCACCGCAUCACAUGUCGAUGACAAAUCGUGCAAUGGCUGCUGCCACUGCAGCUGCAAAUGUUGGUGUUGUUGGGCCAGUGCCGCCAGCGUUAUCGGUGAAUUUGAAGCGGCCACCAUCCGAGGAUGAUGAUCAUGCGCAUGUGGGCGAUGGUGGCGGUGGUGGUGUUGGCGUCGGUGGCGGUGCUGGUAAUGGACCGAAUCCGAUGAAACGUAGCGCUAUUGAUGAUCCAAAUGUACCACGUCCACCGCUAACACGCGGCGAAUCUUUGCCAGCAGCCGUAUCAUUUGUACCAGAUCGACAAGCCAGUUUACGCGAUAAACAUCAACCAGUGCGGGCGCCAUCCUUUGAUGCAUCAUCCUUUAAGCCAGGAGUUUAUGUGCCGCCCAUGCCACAUCCGGUCGUGCCGUUAGGCAAUUCGACGUCACCAGCUUUGUCAUCACAACAACAACAACAGCAACAACAACAACAACAUCCACAACAAUUAUCACUACAACAACAACAACAACUACCACCUCAAUCUCUAGUACCACACCAGUCAAUAGCACCACCACCUCUACCACAAUUACCAACAACCGCCUGUUCAGUCACUCAAUUAGCACAAAGUCCGAUGGCUAAUCUCAUGUCAAUUACAGAGACAUUACCACCGGGUAGUCCAAGGAAUGGACCCAGCCCACCGGGACCACCGCCGCCGCGCACUGCAUCACGCGGUAGCCAACAUUCACCGAAUAGUUCGGCCGGCUCAUCGUCCGGUCGGCGUUCUUCAGGUUCACGUCAUGUUUCGAGCACUACAGUUACCAGCUCAGAGGUGCAAUCCAGUCCGGCGAAUACACCACAAAUCGGACCAGGAGGUGGCAGCAGUGGUAAUGGCAACAAUGGUGGCGCCGUUAGUGUGAGUAGCGGCAGUGGCGGAAAUCCCGGUGGAAAUAGUGGGCCACUACCACCAGGGGGCAGUGGAGGCGAUGCAAACGUAGCAGGUGGCAAUAGCAAUGGUAGUGGACCUGGCGGUAAUAGUAGUAAUGGACAAGCCGCUGGUGGUAUGAACUCUGCUGGUACUGCAGCAACUGGAGGUACAUCAGCGUCGAAUGCAACAGCCGCACAAAAUGCCACACUCAAAUGUACAUUGUGUCAAGAGCGGCUAGAAGAUACACAUUUCGUGCAGUGCCCGUCAGUUAAUCAUCAUAAGUUCUGCUUCCCCUGCAGUCGAGAGAGUAUCAAACGGCAAAAUGGUCUUGGAAACGAAGUGUACUGUCCCAGUGGCGAUCGCUGUCCAUUAGCUAAUUCGACGAUUCCGUGGGCUUUCAUGCAGGGUGAAAUUACCACUAUACUGGGUGAGGAGGUAAAGGUGAAGAAGGAGCGUGAAUCUUAAUGUCCAUUUUAUUGUAAAAAGCUGCGGCGGGCUUUGGAAAAUUUUUAAACACAACACUUAACUGGAAGACAAAGAAAACUAAAGUUUUUUGAGUCAAAACUAUUGUAUUGAGAUUGUGUGAGUAGUUUGAAACUCACAUGUUGAAAGAAUAUUAAAGCAAAAAGUACAGAAAUAAGCAUAGAAAUAGAAGUUUAAUAGUUGUGAAGCAGUUUUAUUAAAUGGAGUUCGGUAACAGCAAAAGCAAAACCAAGUUUAAACAGCCCAGAUUGUGGUCAGUAAAGCUUACAAAGCUAGUAUUGAGUGCGAAGACGGAAUGUUUGGCUAAAAAUAUUUAGCAUCAAUAAAUAAAAGGAAAACAAAAAAAAUUAAAAAAAAAAAUGCACAAAUGAAUGGAGGCAGUUGGGCGUUUUUUUGUGAAAAACAAAACUAGCAAAAUAUUGGUUUUGAAUUGGAAAUUUUUUGAAAAGCUGAUUAGCAUUUUGAAUACAAUCACGUUUGUGUGGUGGCGCAAAAAAGUUGUACGAGAACUGUUUAUCCUGUGUGCGGCGCACAGUUCAGACCACUUGAGCACCUUGCUUUCGUGCUGGUCCUCCAUGCAGGAGUGCAAACUUUGAACUUUCUUGGUAAUUGCUGUAUGAACCAGUAUACAGCAAUAUUAUAAAAUAGAUUACAUACAUAUACAUAUAUAAACUAUAUUAAACA